GGCGUCGUCCAGACUGCUGAUAUACCAUUCAUGCCAUUUUUAGAAGAGGGUAGAGAACAGCAUAUAUUUAUGGAAUCAAAAUAUGAAUUGCAUGAAAAAUAUGGCAUCACUAAAGAAAUCGGUCAACAGGCUUUUGUACUUGUUCGACCUGAUCUAUAUGUUGCUAGCGCAGUGUUUGAAGAUGAUAUUAAAGAAUUAAAGGAUUUUUUAGAAGAAUAUUUGGUCAAAGCAGAUAGAUUAUAA